GUAGGAAGAGGAGCCGGGCGAUAUCUGCGCCGUUUUUUUAGGUGACGCAGUCGGGCGUCGCGUACUGGGACAUGGAAGAUGGCGAGCGUGGAGACAGCCGCGGAGCACGAACGGAUCCUGCGGGAGAUCGAGAGCACCGACACCAACUGCAUCGGACCCACUCUACGGUCGGUGUACGAUGGCCAGGAGCACGGCCUGUUCAUGGAGAAGCUGGAGGGGCGGAUCCGCAACCACGACCGUGAGAUCGAGAAGAUGUGCAACCACCACUUCCAGGGCUUCGUGGACUCCAUCACCGAGCUGCUGAAAGUGCGCGGGGAGGCGCAGAAGCUGAAGAGCCAGGUGACGGAGACCAACCGCAGGCUCCAGAAUGACGGGAAGGAGCUGCUGAAUACCAUGGAGGAGCUGAAACAGUGCCGUCUGCAGCAGAGAAACAUCGCCACAUCCAUAGACAAACUGACCCACUGCCUGCCGGUCCUCGAGAUGUACAGCAAGCUACAGGAGCAGAUGAGGUCCAAAAGAUACUACCCCGCGCUGCGCACGCUGGAGCAGCUGGAGCACACCUGCCUGCCCCGCGCCGGCCGCUACCGCUUCUGCGCCAUCAUGGCCGAGAACAUCCCGCAGCUGCACACUCACAUCCGCGACGUCUCCCUCUCCGACCUCAAGGACUUCCUGGAGAGCAUCCGCAAACACUCGGACAAGAUCGGGGAGACCGCCAUGAAGCAGGCACAGCUGCAGCGGAGUCUGGACAGUACCCUUCCCCACCAGCAGAGGGCAGGCAGCAGCAGGAGGGUCAGGAAGGAGGCGGGGCAGGGCACGGAGCUGGAUGGGCAGGGCGGGAGUCCGCUCUCUGAACAGGAUUCUGGGAUACUGGAUGUAGAAGAUGAGGAGGAGGAUGAGGUACCGGGCGCGCAGGAUCUGGUGGACUUCUCCCCAGUGUUCCGCUGCCUCCACAUCUACACCGUGCUGGGCGCUCGGGACACGUUUGAGAGCUACUACAGGAAGCAGAGGAGGAAGCAGGCUCGUCUGGUGCUGCAGCCUCACUCUAACAUGCAUGAAACUCUGGAAGGGUACAGACGGUACUUCAAUCAGAUUGUGGGGUUCUUCGUGGUUGAGGACCACAUCCUUCACACGACCCAGGGCCUGGUGAACAGGGCCUACGUGGAGGAGCUGUGGGAGCUGGCCCUGUCCAAGACCAUCGCUGCCCUGCGGACGCAUUCGUCAUAUUGCACUGAUCCUGACCUGGUUCUAGACCUGAAGAACCUCAUUGUGCUCUUCGCUGACACCCUGCAGGGUUAUGGGUUCCCAGUCAGCCAGCUGUUCGACAUGCUGCUGGAGAUCCGAGACCAGUAUGGGGAGAUCCUGCUCAAGAAGUGGAACCUGACCUUCAGGCAAAUCCUGGACCAGGACAACUACAGCCCCAUCCCUGUGUCCACAGAGGAGCAGUACAGACGCAUCCUGGGUCAGUUCCCCUUCCAGGACCCAGAGCUGGACAAGUUGCCCUUCCCUAAGAAGCUGCCCUUCUCUGAGUUUGUGCCUAAAGUCUACACUCAGCUGAAGGAGUUCAUCUACGCUUGCCUCAAGUUCUCCGAGGACCUGCAUCUCAGCUCCACAGAGAUUGAUGAUAUGAUUCGCAAGUCCACCAACCUGCUGUUGACUCGAACCCUGAGCAACUGCCUUCAGUAUGCCAUCAAGAAGAAGAACGUGGGGCUGGCCGAGCUGGUUCAGAUCAUCGUGAACACCACCCACCUGGAGCAGUCCUGCCAGUACCUGGAGGGCUUCAUCUCCAACAUCACCAACGUGCCGCCCGACACCGUCAACGCCACCAAGCUGUACGGCACCUCCACCUUUAAGGAUGCCCGUCAUGCCGCUGAAGAGGAGAUCUACACCAAUCUGAAUCAGAAGAUCGAUCAGUUCCUGCAGCUGGCGGAUUAUGAUUGGAUGGCUGUGCAGGGCGGGGGCCAGGCCAGCGACUACCUGAGCGACCUCAUUGCCUUCCUCUGCAGCACCUUUGCUGUCUUCACACACCUGCCCGGGAAGGCCAUCGAGCACGGCACCAUGCCGGGCAAAGUGGCGCAGACGGCCUGCAUGUCGGCCUGCAAGCACCUGUCCACCUCUCUGCUGCAGCUGCUGCUGGAGGCCGACGUCAGGCAGGUGUCCAUGGGGGCCCUGCAGCAGUUCAACGUGGACGUGAAGGAGUGCGAGCGGUUUGCCAGGGCAGGCCCGGUGCCUGGGUUCCAGGGAGACACUCUGCUGCUGGCCUUCAUCGACUUGAGACAACUCCUCGAUCUCUUCACCCAGUGGGACUGGUCCACGUACCUGGCUGAUUACGGACGUCCCACCUGCAAGUACCUGAGGGUGAACCCCCACACAGCCCUGGCCCUGCUGGAGAAGAUUUCUCGAGCGAUGAAGGACACGAGUCGGAAGAACAACGUCUUCGCGCAGUUCCGCAAGAACGAGAGGGACAAACAGAAGCUCAUCGACACUGUGGUCAAGCAACUGAGGAACCUCAUCGCCGCCCACCAGUCCUAAGUGCCGCGCCUCAUUGGCUGACGUGUCUGGGCUGACUCUAGCCAAGCCCCGCCCCCUCCUUCUUCCCCCCCACCCCCAAUAGUUCAGUUCAGUGCUUGGCCCCAGAGACACUUGCGCGAGUAGAUGAAGCUGUCUGCACUGAAACACUCCUGAUGCAAGAGGUACACUUCUACACCCACCCCCACCCACCCCACCCAAACAGCCCCCCCCAAUGCCACCCUCCUUCCCAAAUGUCCAUGAUGGAUGUAGACUUCCUGUGUGCUUGGAUCUGACCCGGAAGUGGUUUCACCCACGCUCCUCUGAAGCACACAGCAGAGCUGGACUUGUCUCCGCUGAAACCUUUCAUGACAGACUGUGCAAGUGAACGUUUUUUUUUUUUUUUUUGCUUUUCUGGAGGCACUCGACCUGGCCUCAGCUCGCUGGCCACACUACUAACAGGAAGCCCAAAAGCCACAUCUCCUCUCAGAUGUGGUGUUGGGCUUUGAAUCUUGGUGACCUCUUUUAGAUACGCAGUACUUCAUCAGAUUGUCCUCUUCUAGUUCUGACAGCAUGUUAGAAGCUGAAAGGCGAUACGCCGUUAGUUUGUAUAGUUGUCCUAGCUGCUGCACAGCGGAUGUAACCUGAGUAACUGGAACAGAAAGGGAGAUGGCUGCGGACCCGUGGCUCUGUCUUUGCAGCGUGUGUGUUUGAGAAGGUCUGCACUGCACUGUUCUUUCCCAGCCCCUGUCUGCUGGCUCAAGCCUCCGAUUCUCUCACACGUGAUUGGUCUGCUCUGCUCCACACAUCCUCUCCCGGGAGUAAGGAUGCACAGGGCCAGUGCUGCAUGGCCAGCGGUGUGUUAAAACACACCUUUCCUUCAUCAGGUAGCAGGGAUCCCUUCGGCCACUUCAACUCUUCACCGCAGUGCAGUUGUGCAGCAGGGGCGUGGCCACUGCACUGGUUUUGGGCCGUGACCUUUGAUGCAUCUCCUGUGCAAAAUGAGUUCUGUUUAUCUGUGAGCGUCUGGCUUCACAGAAAGCAUUCGCCAGCACAUCCGGUAGCCUACCGGCUGCCUCUGCUCCGCAACCCUACUCCUGCUCCUUCUCUAGAACCCUGUCCCUGCUGCUGCUCUAGAACCCUGUCCCUGCUGCUGCUCUAGAACCCUGUCUCUGCUCCUGCUCUAGAACACUAUCUCUGUUCCUUCUCUAGAACCCUGUCCCUGUUCUGGCUCUAGUCCCUGCUCUGGCUCUAACUGUCCCUGCCUCUAGAAUGUUCCCACUUCCCAAAUGCUCUGGUUUGGGUGUGAUAUGCACAGGUUUUGCGUGUCUGUCUUAGAUGCUGCUGUUGAGGUGCCUUUGCCAAAGUCCGCAGUACACGGAGGGAUUCUGUCCGUAAGAGCAGGAGAUGAUUGGAGGAGAGACAGGCAGGGUAGCCAAUCCUUACGUCACCCUGCCCUAACCCCCACCCAGUGUGGACACCGUGACUCCCUGGACAGCUCUGAGUCUCAGUGGGUGUGGUCACUGCCUCUGUGUGGACACUCAAGGAUAUGUUCCUACGUCUUCCAAUCUCUGAAUGGCUGGGGCAGCGUCAGGCCAUGUACAAAGCAACAAGCACAGCAAGAAAAGUCAUUCUAAACUCUCCUUUUGUGUUAUUGUCAUAUAAAUGUGGGUGCAAUACGUGUUUAAUCAAGGGGGGGGUGGAUUUUGUUAAGUUUUAGGGAGUUUCUUCUGGGUAAGGGGGAGUUUGCUGUGAGAAAUGGGGAAACUGACAUGCUUUUAUCUGUAGCUUGCUCUGAAGUGAGCCAUGUGGUUUCUUCAGCUCAGAUCCCGCUCCGGCUUAAAGGGAUUGUUGUGAAAUAAAGGCACAGAUUGAUUACUUGACAAAAAGGGAAAAAUGUCUCCACUCUCUGCCCAGGUUCCCUGGGAGACAAAAAGGAGGGUGGAGAAUAUGUCACCAUGUUAGUGUUUGUUUUUAUAUAUAUAUAUGUGUGUGAGUGUGUGUGAGAGAGAGAAAGAGAGACUGUAGUUAGCUGUAGAGAUUAGUUUCAGAUCGUUUGCAGUUGGAUGAACUCGUGGAUGUGCCUUGUCGUUUCUUCCUGCCCAACGACGAGUGUUUGCCACGCUGCGUCUGGGUUUGGUUCCGCGGCCAUACCUGAGGAAAGAGUCGCGGUACCGCCUGACCCGCCAAACAUCGGGUGGUGUCCCAUGGAUCCAGCCCGCACCCAGAGCCACAAACGGGACUUUAAGUGCCACAAGAGACUGGUGUGUUUUAGACGUCUUUACUGGAUCUGUCAAACAGAGACAGACACACUGUACAGUUUGUGUUACAUGAAACCACUAAUGACCUUUGCGUAUUAUAAUACUAAUAAAGCUAAUGCAAAUACCAACAAAUAAUCAA